AUGGCGGCCAGCACAGCAGCAGCCUACAUCCCGCCGUCCUUCGGCCAACCAGGCGUAAGUAUCUCGUAUCGACCCAAGCGGCUCACCAGUGCACCAUCCGACCAUGCCUCGUUGCCCACCAGCCCCGUCGUCACGGUCGCGGUGCCGCCGGCGUCGAUCCACCACAUCUUUGCGCACCGACAGUGGCGCGCAGGCAUGCUGAUGAGCGAUGCGCUCGUCUCUUCCGCCUUCCGCAUCGAGGCGCGCAACGUGCUCGAGCUCGGCGCGGGCACGGGCCUCCCGUCGAUCACCGCGGCCCAGCUGCACACGGCCAAGCUGGUGGUGGCGAGCGACUACGACGAGCCGACGCUCAUGCGCGAGCUCAAGCACAACGUCGCCGCCAACAUGGCCGCCUCGCCGCCCGACGUGCGCCGCAAGAUCAAGGUGGCCGGCCACAUAUGGGGCAAGAACACCGACGACCUACUGGACUGUCUUGCCGCGAGCGAGAAGUUCGACUCGGUGCUGCUGGCGGAUUGCCUGUGGGAUCCGCUAAGCCAUGCGGACCUGCUCAAGACGGUGGUGGCCGUGCUGGCGCGCACGCCCGACGCGCGCGUCAAUGUCAUCGCCGGCUUGCAUACGGGCAGGGAGAAGGUGACUUCGUUCAUCCGGCGUGCUGCGCGCGCCGGGCUGGUGCUGGCCGAUGUCGAGGCGCCGCAAGCGUGGCCUGCGCUGUCCGAGGAUGCAGAGACCGAAGAGGACCCCGAUGCGAGCCGACCGGGGAAUGAGGCGCUGGCGCUGGCGAGGGAGCGCAUCCUCGAGCUCAAGGUGUGCGGCAACACGCCCAUCCAGCACGGCGAGGCCGAGGCGGAGGCGCGCAUCGACGACGAGCCGCGCCUCACGGGCGAGCGCCGGCCGUUUCGCAUCGAGGGCUACGGAGAGACCACCGAGGGCGACCGCGCCUUUCUCAUGCGCUCCUGCGUCGGCGCGAUGCGUUGUGGUCUGCGGCCCCACCUCGCCACCCCCCCUCGACUCGCCCGCGGCUUCACCACCACACAGCGCGUCUUUGCGCCGACCAAUGCUGUGACUGCCAAGGUGCUGGGUGAUACACGCGUGCUGGCGACAUACGAGGGCCCGCUUUCGGCCACAUUUCGGCGUCUCAAGCUGUUCUCGCUCGGCUCGCUUGCGCUGGCGAGCGUGCUGACGCCCGUGCUGUUGCUUGCGCCGGGCGAGAUCUCGAUGGCGGGCCGCGUGGGCCUGUGCAUCACUGCGCUCGCCACGUCGGGCGUAUCGACGGCGCUCAUCGCCUGGAUCGGAACACCGUACGUCGGCACGAUGCGGCUGCUGGCAACGCCGCAGCAUCAGCACGUCAUGGAGCUCAACACGCUCGAUUGGAGGUUGCGCAAACAGACGACGCUCGUGUACGAACCGGCCUUCCUCCGUCCCACUUCGCGCCCCUUCGCCGCCUGGGAACUCACGAACAGUGCGCCUGCACCGCGCGAUGUGCCUGCAACAGAGACUACAACCAAGGUCGCAGAGACCAUCGACGACAAGACGGGCACAUCCAAGGGCACUUGGGCUGUCACCUACGCGCCUGCCGCCGACGACGGUGGCGCGAGUGCCAAAGUGGUCGUAAAGGGUAAGCCGACGCGCUACUUUAAUGUGCACGAGGAGCUGCUAGGUCAAGACUGGCAAGUUUUAGGCUAG